AUGCAGCUAACCUGGAGACAAUGUAACUUAAUUAUCACCAGUGGAAAGGGUGCACCCUACACUACUAUCCGCUUGCUAAUGCUGCUUCUGUUAGUCGCCAUUACUCCGUAUCAUGUAACGAUAGCACUGCCGGAAGGAACGUUCCCGGUCGCAAAGCGUAUGAAUAUCGAAACAUGCUUAGUUCGGUUCGAUGUGCAUCUUAACACCAUCAUACGCACGGAAGAGUCCCGAUCGAUGGGAGCCCGCUUCCUGGAUGAUGCUGAUCUUAACUCGCGUGAACAGUGUCUACGGUUAUGCUGCGAGACGGAAAACUGUGACGUGUUUGUGUUUGAAGAAAAGAGUCCGGGAACGUGUUUCCUCUUCCAGUGUGGUCCACCCGAGAAUUUCCGCUGCAAGUUUACACGCCACUCGAACUACACUAGCGCAGUUCUAUCCAUCCCACCUCCGCCCAUCGAACAACCGCCUCCACCACCACCGCUGGCUGUUCAGAUACAAGCAUUAGCCGCACAACCGGCCGCCACCGCGAAUGGUGUCACAAAGUCACUAUCUCAGCAUGAGAUGGAACUGGUUAGCUUAAAGGACGGUGGCACCAGCAAACAGUUGGGAGGUGCCAAUUUCGCAACACCCCUUUCAUCCACAACACCGUUGCCACCGUUGGGUGUGCGGCUCGGGGAAAUACAAACUACUCCCAACCCUAGUACAGCGAAACAGCAAUCGUUGUCCUCGCAGCAAUGUGGUCACUUUGAAUUUCCCUGCCAUUCCGGGGAAUGCAUCGCGGUUUAUAACGUGUGCGAUGGCAUUCCGCAGUGUGAAGACGGUAGUGACGAAGGUGCCGAAUGUCCGCAAAAGAACUCCGGUUCGUCGGCGACGGUGGAAGGUGCAAGAAAACAGGUUCCGGGACUUGGAAGACCAAGUAGUCUGAGUGGUGGCGGAUCUGUGAAUCAACCCAUCAUAAUGAUUCCUGGAGUACAUGGCGGUAUGGGCGGUGGAGCCGGUGGCGAAAAUAUGAGCCCUAUGGGGAUGAACGCUCCGGGAAUGCUUCCACUCGACCAGCGAAUGUAUCAACCCAUGGAGUACCAGCAACCAUCCAAUCGGUUUAGUUUGUCGUCGUUGGAACAGCAGCAGCAGCAGCAGAUGCACCGUAAUCGUGAAGAUCCGAUGACAGCUCCCAAACCCUGGCCUCGUCCAGCCAUCAACGAGCCUAACUAUGUCGAUACGUCGGAUAGUCAUAUCUUCAAUCAUAAGGGUGGACUGCAAAUUUCAGCGGUAAACAACAUGAUUCCACCCGGACAGCAGUAUCAGGAAUCACUCCCGGAAUCGAGCUACAUGCCAUCUUCUUCCGUCAUUCGACCAGGAGGUGGAAAAUCAUACCUAACUCUUUCCAGCAGCAAUAGCUAUCCUCAGCAGGCGUUGCAACAAUUCCCGGCCGAGCAAUCACCACAACAGCAACCGCCGUAUAAAUCUAUUCUUCCUUCCCAGUGGAAGGUAAGCAAUAGCAAUAUACGAUCCAGUUGGCCCAUCCAACCCGGCGAUGAGCUAUCGCCCAACAGCGGUGGUGGUAGUGAUGGCGUUUCCCCAAGAGAGCAGUACAUACAGCCACCGGUACAACAACAACAACAACAACAACACUCGAUCGCAACACAAGUUAUUCAGUCUACUUCCAACGGAGCAGCAGGUGACGGAUCGAUGUUCUCGUCGAUCGUGUUGCAGCAGCAACCGGUUCAGAAUCCAUCACUCCCAGCUGGCGCUGGUCCACAGUGGACACAAGCGGCAGCAGCAGCUGGAACACCAACACCGGACACCUCAUCGACAAGGGACGGAGCAGCGAAUCAAGCCCUCGGAGCCGACACGUCAAUAAAAGAUCCAUCCACAAGCAGCCAUGAAUCGAAGCCUUCCGGCGCCGCUGCUGCUGCUGCUGGCGUUCCUCAAAAUGGCGCUAAACAUAAACCACUCUCCAGCAACGUUCCAUCGGACGGUGAUGCCGAAUACGAAGAGGACACAUACGAGGACACAUACCCGGAAUCGACGAAUGCAGGUACAUCCAGGGCGGAUAAUCAAUCGCAACCAACUACACAAACGGAACCACCGAAGAAAAAAUUUCGUAAACAUCGCAAACACGAUCACGAUCAUGGCAAGCAAGACAAUUCGGAAAAUGCUGGAGAACCAUCGGAACAGAAAAAGAAGAAGAAAAUGAAAACCAUCAAGAAAGAUAAAUCUACGGAACACGAAGCUGGUGGCCACCAUGUUGAUCCGAUUGUGCACGAGCACCUGAAAGCGUUGCACAAGGAUCUUGAGAUUGAGUUUGCGGAUCAUGACGGGUAUGCCGACCGUCCCGGUGGUGCAAUGCUCUCACUUACCCUCGGUGUGCUGUUGACUGCGGCCAUGGGCAUUCUGCUGAGCUGUCGGAUGCGUGUCGCACGGCGAAGAAUUCGUCGUCCGGGCAAAUCGUCCUACGCGCAUGAUGCCGAUUUUCUGGUGAACGGCAUGUAUCUGUAGUUU